AGUGCCUCAAAUUGAAAUGAAAUUGAGUUGAUCUCCUUUCUCUCAAUGCAUCUCUUUGCUUGAUCCUGUUCAUUGCCCCGGACGCCGGCAUCCUCAUACUCACGCAUCACAAUUGACGGCUGUCUUUCUACCUGUUCACUUCAUGUGCCAUUAGUCUCGCCAUGUUGUUGUGCAGGUAAUUCGAGCCUCACCUAAUUCCGCGCAGCUCAGCGCGACCCUUCAGAAAUGGCUGCUUCUGCUGCUCCUUUGCUGAACGGCACUGUGCCCCCAGCUGUGCAGCCUGUGGACAAUAAAGCUUUGGAGUAUGAGAAGAUUCUUAGGUUACGCGACGAGGUGUUUUCGGGGACGCAUGCCCGACUCACAGUGCCCGCCCAUGCCCUUCGAGUCUCUUCUUCUCAAACACCUUUGGCUGCGUCCCAGUCUCGCGCCAACGUACCCCCUCCGUUCCCUUCCAGUGCUUCGCCAAAUCGUGUUGGGGCUGCACAGUCGAGACGUGAAGAAGACUCUACACAAACGCAGGCUAGAGCAGGGGGUCCUUUAGCUGCUUCUUCCAGCCAACCUGCCAGUAAUGUUUCUGAGUUUGACCCUGUCCUUUUGACAAAAUCAGAUGAUUUAGUUCGGGCUGAGAUCCAGCUGAAGCGCCAGAGACUUGAGAAGGCUCUAAGAGACCAGUUUGAUCAAAAGAGAUCAGACGCUCGCAAGAAGCCUGCGCCUUCAGAGGCCAAGCCCGAUUUCGACCUUCCGGCCAUGCUUUCCAAAGUUCUGGACGCUGCCAAAUCUCCUUCAUCAAAAGAGGAUGCGGACGCCAGCGACUCGUUUGACGCAAAUUCUUUCUACUCUAGCAGGGCUCCAGACUCUACACCUGAAAAUGGGCCGCAGAGUCCUUCUGCAGAAGAGGGCGAAGAGGGUGAAGCUUACGAGCCUCCUGGGCCAGCGCUUGUGAGUGCGGUCAUGGGCUCACCGUUACCGCAAGCAACUGAGGUCCAGGCUACUACUAACAAUGCCAACUUUGCAUCCAAUGCCGCAACGUCCGCGAAGCCUUCCACCCUCGCCCAACCUGCAAACAUCGACCCGGAUGAAGAUGAGGGAGAAGAAGGGGAGUACUCUCCUCCAGAAGCAAUGGCACAAUACCCCACACCGAAGAUUGACCCUUAUCAAGGUGUGCAAGACAGUAGAGAUCCACGCUCCCGGCCUCUGCGCAGAUACUCGGAACUGGAUGACGGUUUGAGGAGGCCCGGCUCACCUUCAGAGGCCAACAUGCGGAUUAAUGGCCGUCAACCACGUUCACCGCGGACCGGCCGGCAGGGAUCUCCCCCAAGUCCUGAUGACCAGCAACCACUGCACCCGAAAAAGAGGAGGAAGCUCGAAAAGCGUAACGAGAAAAAGGCCCGACGAAAUGGCAAAGUUUCGCCCGAUGCUUUCCUCAAAGAAGAACAAGUGUCGCCUCCACCAUUCCACGACGUACAGCCGCUUGGGUCUGGGAGAUUGCGACCUUUGGGAGGCGCCGAGCAGCCGAUCACACUCGAGGACGAGCCAAUGCAAGAUGCCCGGUACCUGCCUCCUGGAGAACGGUAUGUGGACUCUCCUUCUCGGCCACUUCCGCGGCAGGUGGAACAACUGAUGCCACUCAGCGAGUCUCGAGCAGUCUCACGAGCCGGCAUGAGGUCCGUUAGAGAUGAGCCAGACCUGCGCCGAGUGGCUAGCAUGCAUAACCUGCGACUUGAGGGCGCUCAGGGAUAUGCUGAUCCAUACUACGAAACUCCUACACGUGCAAGAGCGACCUCCUACGCCAGGGUCGGGAGCCCCGCCAUCAGAGAACCAUCAUCGUCGCGACUUGUCCCUUACGAAUAUGAUCAGUCUCCUCGCGAAGUACGGAUCAUACGUACGCCGGCGCCUGUGUACCGUGAGAUGUAUGACGAUGGAGAGCCUUCGUACCGCUACGCCACCGAGCCUAUGCCGCCACCACCACCAGUGGAGAGAAUUGUGAUCGAUCAGUAUGGCAGAAGAUUCCGCGAAAUCAUCCAAGAGAGACCGUCCGUGCCUCCUCGGGCGAUCCCAGUUCCAAGGACAGAGACAGACCCUACCUACGAACAUUACCGCCCAGCGCGAGCAGGAUCUGUCUUUGUAGAGGCUGCGCCAGAGCGAACUUAUCCCGCCGAUAUGCCUCCGCCGCCUGUCAGCUACCGUCGUCCUGCAGAAUUUUCUCGCAGCUCGGUUGCUCCUGGGUCUGCCGCGCGGGAAUAUCUUGAUCCAACUCCACUACCAAGGAGCUCUAGUGUUCAGGUAGUGGAUCGAGCGCCACUCUCUACGAUGUACCCAGACGAGCGAUCUGACUUCCGUGAGCCUAUGCGAAUGGGCAGUGUAAGACCGCCUGCAGUACGAUACGAGGAAGCUCAGCCGAUGGAGAUGAUAACACGGGCGCAGAGUGUUCGCCCAACUGGUCGGCCUGUUGUUCGUGAAAGAAGCGUGUUGAUGGAGAGCAGAGGAGGUCCGAGUCACAGAUAUCUGCCCCCCGAGCAAGCCAGAUAUCGAGUAGUUGAACGUGAGGAAAGAUACUUGGCUGGCCCAGACAGAGACAUGGAGCCUAUGCUCGACCCGAUGGAGGAUGACCGCCGAGUUAUGGAGAGAUACUGAGCUCACACUCUUACUUUCUUCUUGUGAUGCGGUGUUGACGAUGCCGGGCGGGAGAGCGAAAUCACCAGCAGCAAAGCGAGCGGGCCAAUAUCUGCGAAUGUGUGUGUAUUGUGUACAUAAAGUGCCGCUGCUCUAUCGGGUAGCUGCUUAAUCUUGAUAGGACAACCCAUGACCGGCCUCGUUCUGCUGCGAGUGAGCUGCUGGAUGUUGCAAACCAAUCUCAGGACAUUGUUUCCUCGAUUCUAAAACACAGGCUGAAAGUACAUCGGCCUCCUUAGCAUUCCCCUUUCAAGAUUGAUAGAGUUGAAGGAAAACCAGCCUGCCGUGUCUGAUUGGGCUAGUGCUCCUGUUAAGCGCUGCCAUCUCACAACACACCAGGCAUUUCACCACUAGAUUCUGGCGAAUGAACAUGAGCACCCUGCAGUUGAUGGCCCUCAGUCCAGGAUCUGGCUCCGGCGCUUACGGAGAGCUUUCCAGCUAGUCGAACCGAAUGCUUUGCAACAUAGGAACAUCAGGCUCAUCUCGCUGAGCUGGCACCACACACCGUCAACAAGCGCCGAACACAUGUAAGAAGAAAAAGUCGAGGCUCCGCCAUGGGUCCCUGUAACCACAGCACAACCUCAAGCGACAGCGCGGGAAGCGCAUUCGUAGAGGUGAUUCCAUCAGCUCACAAGGUGUGUUUCAUGUUUCCGACCCUCCAGCUACCUGUAGUUGGAUGUGUUCAAUGUAAGUGUCCGGUUGCUGCUGCCGUUUCCCAGUCGUCGCUUCCUGCUUUGGUUCAUAUACUACGACGAGAGCUUGAACCACACUUUGGCCUCUCUCCCUUUCUGUUAUACAUGUGGACGUCGACAUCGAUAAGGGCUCUUGGAAACACAUGAGUGUGGCGAGACUUGCGGAACAGCUGUUGGAGGCUCUGUUGCCACCAUGAAGGCCAAAUCCGUUCCAGAAGACUCGCUUCAGCCAACAUGCACCUUCGUUCUAUUCGACUGUCUGUCGUCAAAACCGGAGGAUGAGGACAAGCGGGCAUCUGCAGCGCCUGGUGUCGAGCGAGAGAUGCGGAUCAUGUAUCAACAACCACAUCUGGUCCCUCCCAUGAAGCUCACUGUCUUCGAUAACCUUCCACCAACGCCUACCCUUCCUCCUCCUUCCAGAAUAUCGCGAUGGGUGUCGCAGGGGAAGGACUCUUUGAGAUCUAGUUUAUCAAUGGGGAGACAUGUCCCCUCGAGACCAGUCAUAUCCAGUCCUCGGCCGCCGGCAGACGAACAGCUACCUUUUCGCAGGAUGAGGCAGGAAUUCCGCCCCUUGGAACUCAGCAUAUACAUGGCGGACAACCGAUUGUCGGAUCUUCCUGAGUUUGACAGACUGAGUUUUACUGAUCUGGGAGAGAUCAAACCGCCUCCCCGGGCGGUGGUGCGAACCAAGUCCGAGGAGCUCCUUUCCAACAAGUUGUCGAUGAUGCCAACUCGCGUCAAACCAGCGUCCAUGAUCGAACAGCGGCAACGGUCUCGAUCUCAAACACGGCCUGAUACCACAUCCACGGUCAUAUCAACGUCUCGACCGCCGUCCGAAUACGAUGCUUUGCAUUCCCAUCCGGUGUCGUGGGCAUCGCUCCCCGGCCUCCCACCGACUGCUCACAUUCCCGGACGCUCCGAACCCUCGGUUGCCAUCUUGACACCGAUGGAGGAAGAGUUCAGCCCACCGAUCACAUCGGUGACUGUUGGCGGCCUUGUGCUCGAGUUCCCCAAAGUGGUCGACCAGCCGGGCAUAUCACCGAUGCAAUCGGCGGUGGGCUCUCCCUACACGCACGCGCCGGCCCCGAUUGUAGCAUCGGGACCAAGCAGAGAACUUUCUAAGCCUACGGAAACAGAAGAUACGGCCAACUUUUUCCAUCCUGACUACCAGACGCAACAGCGGAUUUCACAUUGGCUCUCCCACCGUCAAUCCUCGUCGAUUAGUACCACCAAGACAGCCUCCACCGCAGCUCCUUCAUUUUCCGAGCGUCGUCGAAAGCGGGCUCAGUUCUAUCAGCUCUCGGCUGCACCUCCCAAACCACUGAGCUUGUGCGCUGCGCAUCACCAACGAACCUUGACGGGGUCCACCAUGGCCAGCACUCUCGAGACGGAUGCCUUGACUUUUGAGAUCCAGAGUCAGACGGAUGUCAGUGUAGCUACCCCUACUGAGUCCCAAAUUCGCAAUGGCACUGCUCGAAGUGUCUCCAACGGACUCAAACCAAUCGUGAGUGGCGUACCGUAUGUGCCACCCGAUUAUGCAGACAUUCUCAAACAAACCGACGAGGUUCAUAUCAAAGAAAUUGGAGGACCGCUGAGAAGCCCUGGUGUUGGUGUUGCCUUUUGAGACCAGAAACUGGCUGACAAUACAUGGAGUAUUGUUUCUCUUUUUUGCAUGUGAUACCCAUCGAAGUGUUUUGGUGUUUUGUUUUGGUUGCCCUCUGCGAGGGGUGCUUUGCCCUAGAGGGAGAUUGCAUAUGUAAAACAAGAAAGCUAUGGGAGAGCUGGAGCGACAUUGGGGUCUACAUUCGUUCAUUUGGUUGAUUAGCACAACCGCCUGUGCCCUGGGUUAGGGGUUUAUGGCAGACACCCAGUUCGCAUUUAUGCUGGAGCUUUCUAGCGGACAUUCCUUGAGACUGAGCUGGAACGGGUAGAGCUGUAUGUACAGAAUCCGAGUAGUCUAAUCGAACACCGACAUAUGUACGGUAACUAUGGCAGCAGCUGGUGUCAGAAUGAAACUCACGUCAAAUUCC